AUGCCUAAUCUCGACGAGCUGCUCAGCAUUAAACGACGGCUUAAAGCCACGGAGAUUACCACCACUCUCCCGUCUGGAGAGGUCAAAAUCGAGAAGCGAGCCGACGAUGGAACCUAUAAAGAAGUUAAAGACUUAGAAUCAUUCGAAUCCGAGCCAAAUGUGUCGAAUCGGCGGCGAAAAAAGGUCGAAUAUCUGCAAAGAAGAGGGUUUAUAGUGGAUUUAGAGCCAGAUUUGGUGGUUGGGGUCGCUACAGAAGAUGUCCUAUUCGGGUCACAAGACGUGGCAGCAGAUAUUCUGAUUCUUCGCAACCAAAAAAUCACGAAUAUCAUUAAUGUGGGCACCGGAAUUCCGAAUCACUUCCCCGAAAAUUUCCAAUAUCUGAAAAUCGAUAUUUUGGACUUGCCCGAGACGAGAAUUGUCGAUUAUUUUGAUGAAGUUUUUGAUUAUAUCAAAAAAGUGCAAGAAAAACGGGGAAAAUGUUUCAUUCAUUGCAAUGCUGGAAUUUCACGAUCCGCCUCGUUUGCAGUUGGUUAUUUGAUGAAAACACAAAAAAUGACGUAUCGUCAGGCAUUCGAAAAGUGCCGCGAGACACGGAGUAAGUAA